AUGGACCUUCAAGAUUCCAUCCUGAAACAAACUCACGUUUCUUUGUCUCUGGCCAAGCAUCUCAUCUCCACUAAACCGAAAGAUGCCAACCUCGUAUUCUCGCCGCUGUCGAUCCACGUCGUGCUGGGUCUCAUCGCGGCCGGGUCCGGCGGCCCGACCCGGGACCAGCUCCUGGGCUAUCUCAACUCCAAGUCCGUUGAGGAUCUCAACUCGCUAUCGUCGCAGCUGGUGACCCUGCUGUUCGCCGACGGCGGGCCGCUCGGUGGGCCCCGUUUGUCAUUCGCCAAUGGGGUUUGGGUCGAUCGGAGUCUUACCUUGAAGUCCUCUUUCAAGGAAAUUGUUGAGAAUUCCUACAAAGCUGCCUCGAAUCAUGUUGAUUUUCAGACUAAGGCUGUUGAGGUGACACAAGAGGUGAACUCGUGGGCCGACAAGGAAACAAAUGGGCUGAUCAAAGACAUACUCCCUUCUGGGUCGGUCGACUCCACAACAAGGAUCGUAUUCACGAAUGCAGUCUACUUCAAAGGCGCGUGGAACGAAAAAUUUGACUCACACCUCACAAAAGACCACGACUUUUACCUCCUAGACGGAAGUUCGGUCAAGGCUUCCUUCAUGACCACCUCGAAGAAGCAAUACUUACUCGCGCACAGCGGAUUCAAAGUUUUGAGCCUACCGUACAAGCAAGGAGAGGACAAGCGUAAAUUCUCAAUGCACUUCUUUCUUCCAGAAGCCAGAGAUGGACUCUCAUCAUUGGUCGAAAAAGUUGCAUCGAAACCCGGGUUCAUCGAGAGACACCUCCCGUACCAGCAGGUGAAAGUUAGAGAUUUUCUCAUUCCGAAAUUCAAGAUAAAUUUUGGUUUUGAGGCGUCUGAUGUUCUUACGGGACAAGGUUUGGUCCUUCCGUUCUCGGGCGGUGGUCUGACUGAGAUGGUUGACUCGGCUGUUGCACAGAAUUUGUAUGUUUCGAGUAUUUUUCACAAAUCGUUUAUUGAGGUGAAUGAGGAAGGUACGGAGGCUGCAGCUGCUUCUGCUGGUGUUGUGAAGCUUAGGGCAUUGAUGGUGGAGGAGGAUGAGUUGGAUUUCGUGGCCGACCAUCCUUUUUUGUUUGUGGUGAGGGAGGAUGUGACGGGCGUAGUGCUUUUUGUUGGGCAAGUGCUUAAUCCUCUUUCGGUUUAG